AUGCCAAAGGUCCAGUUCUUCGAGCAUGUUGGUUCAUAUGCGGCGAUUUCGAAGAAGGCACCACAAGGCUUUCAAUGCUUGAAGCAACUACUCAGCUUCUACGACAGCGACAACCCCAAUCGCACAGCAUUGGACGCUCUACUGGCUCCCGGCUUUCACGAUACAGAGAACGGAAGUGACAGAACGAUCAGUCGAGCUGAAGCUAUUGAGGACAUACUUACGACGAGAGACAAGUACCGCAAGCAUCAAUUUGAUCUCAAGCAUGCCUACUGCCUUGAACAUACAGGCUCCCAUCACACAGUUUUCUUCGAGAGUGUCCGAUUCUUGUCGGUGGUUGGAAGCAAUGACUGGAUCAAAGUCCCGGUUUCAGGAAGGCUUGAAGUCAAGGUCACGGAGAAUAAAUUCACUCUGAAGGAUGCUGUGGCUAUUAUUACCGCUCGGGCUAUGACUUCCGACACAUCCCAAUUAGUGGCAAGAGACCUACAGAAAGCCGUUGGCUCACCUGUC